AUGCAUGGCUUUAGUGGAUACGGGGGAACACACAGCUCUCCUCAGCCCCCUGGGAGCAGACACGCCCAAACACAAAACAUGCCACUCAACAACACACUGCGACUUGAGCCCGCAAAGCAGAGCCGAGCCAAACGCAGCUGCGGCGGCUCCGGGCAGCCCAGCAUCAGCGCCUCCAGCCCCGCAGAGCCGCGCUGCCUCACCACUCAGUCAGAGCCUCCGGGGGGUCGGCAGCUCGAACUCCCCCUCCCUCCACAUGCUCCCUCAAGCCCGGGCUCUUACCUGAAGCUGGCGGGGGACUUCACCUGGAUGUUUCGCCCAGGCGGGGGGCUGCUUUUCCUCUUCUCUCGGUCCGCCAUGCCGCCUAGUUAA